CCAUUUUGCUGGACCUCGCAGCGAACUACAGUUCUUCUGCAGUUACAGUCGGGUAGGAGCCGGCGAAGCUUUUUCAAUUUUCCCUUUGAAUCCAAAAACCCUCAUUUUCUCUCAGAAUAAACCCUCCAUUGAAUUUGAAUUCCCUCUCUACUUCCACAUGCAGCUCCGUCGCUCUCAUUCCUCAGCGAUCGUUUCGUUUCAGAGCUUCUAAUUUAGCGGAAACCGUCGUUGUUUGGUUCCAAGUUUUGUUGAUUUCCAGUUGCUGCUGCAUCGUUUGUUCUUUGGAGAUCUCGUUCAAGUGUUUCUCACUGGAGUGAGAGUAGAGUGUCGAGUUCAUGAAGAUUGGGAAUUAGGUUUUCGUUUGGUGGUGAUUUGAAUUUGAAGUUCGUAUGAGAGUUAGAUAGAGUGAUUUUAGCGCGGUGAUGGAUACGGAGGCUGAAGGUGACGUAGAGUUGCUGUUGGAUACUGAGAUGUUGCAGCUUCCGGAUGUGUCGCCGUUUGUUCUGAAAUCCAAUCCCUAUGUCGUUGAGGAGCUGUUUUCGCAGUGGCUUUCGCUUCCCGAGACUGGCCGACUGGUAAAUUCUUUGAUUGCUGAUGCGAAGUCUGGUGCUUCUUUGAAUGUUGGCGGGCACUCUACUGUAAAUUCUCUACCUUCCAUGUUUCCUGGUGGCAGUACACCUCCACUCUCACCACGCAGUGCCUCUGGCUCCCCACGUACUGUGAAACAGAGGGUUAGCCCUUCUUCGUUAGGCUCUCCACUUAAAUUGGUUAGUGAGCCAACAACAGAGGCUAUACCACAGUUCUAUUUUACGAGUGGCCGUCCACCACUGAAUGCCAUGACAGAAGAUUUUCUAUCUAAAGUGAAUCAAUUUUUUUUGUCUCGCUUGGAUGGAGUGCAAAUAAAGGAUUUUAAAUUUGUCACGAAGGUGAUCUGCAAGUUACCCUCAUUUCUCUCUGCUGCUCUCUUUAGGAAGAUUGACAUAAACUGCAAUGGAAAAGUAUCAAGAGAACAGGUCAUUGAUUAUUGGAUUACAAGCAACAUGUUGACGAGGGAUUUAGCAACCCAAGUAUACACUAUUCUCAAGGAACCAGAGCGGAACUACCUUGUUCAGGAUGAUUUCAAACCUGUUCUACAAGAACUUUUGGCAACUCACCCAGGGUUGGAAUUUUUGCAAAGUACACCAGAAUUCCAGGAAAGAUACGCUGAAACAGUCAUAUACAGGAUAUUUUACUAUAUUAACAGAUCCGGUAACAGUCGUAUUACCCUCAGGGAGUUGAAGCGUGGGAACUUAAUUGCUGCAAUGCAGCAUGUGGAUGAGGAAGAAGAUAUCAACAAAGUCCUAAAGUACUUCUCAUACGAACACUUCUAUGUGAUAUAUUGCAAAUUUUGGGAGCUUGACAAUGAUCACGAUUUUCUUAUUGACAAAGAGAAUAUCAUCAAGUAUGGUAACCAUGCUCUAACUUUUCGGAUUGUUGAUAGAAUCUUUUCUCAGGUUCCAAGAAAAUUUACUAGUAAUAUUGAAGAGAAGAUGGGAUAUGAAGACUUUGUUUACUUCAUUUUGGCUGAAGAGGAUAAAUCAUCUGAACCUAGUCUUGAGUACUGGUUCAAAUGCAUUGAUCUGGAUGGAAAUGGAGUGCUUACGAGGAAUGAAUUGAAGUUUUUUUUUGAAGAGCAGUUGCAUCGAAUGGAGUGUAUGACUCAGGAACCAGUGCUUUUUGAGGACAUAUUGUGCCAGAUUUUUGAUAUGAUUGGACCAGAGAACGAGGAAUGCAUAUCCUUACGAGAUAUCAAAGGCUGCAAACUAGCUGGAAAUGUUUUCAACAUCCUUUUCAAUCUCAACAAGUUCGUUGCCUUUGAAAGUCGUGACCCAUUUCUAAUACGUCAGGAACAUGAGGAUCCAACUUUGACUGAAUGGGAUCGAUUCGCACAUAGAGAAUAUAUUCGUCUUUCCAUGGAAGAAGAUGUUGAAAAUGCUUCAAAUGCAAGUGGAGAUGUCUGGGAUGAUCCACAUGAGGCUCCUUUUUGACAUAAUGGGUGAUGUUGAACACAGAAAAAGUACUUGCUUGAUCGAAUUAUUGGACGAUAGACGAGAGAUGUCCUUCGCAUCACUGCAAAAGGUUGGAUGCACGAGAAGUGUACAUUAAAUGAAGUUCCCCAGCAGGCUAUAUAAGUCUGGCCAAGUGAGACUAAAUUCAAUGCUUUACAUAUUUCCAUGAUAUCCUUUUGCCGUUCCUCUGCUCAAUUUUUGAUUUGCAGCAACAGCUCAUAUCUCUCACUUUGUCGUUGUUCGAGUUACUGUUGUAUUUUACAUCGUAUAAGCUUUUACAGAUUGAAUUUGAUGUCGUUUUGUUAGAUUCGCAGCCCAAAUAGCACACCUGAAAUUGUAUGUCAAAUUGUCGAUCACAAUGUUCCACCCGAAAUCAAUUGUAUAGAAACGACACUCACCCCUUCCUGUGGCCAAGUCUGUUGAGUUCUUUGUAAUUGCAUUGUCUCUUAGAUAAAUUCUUCAGAUAUUGCUUGAAUUUGCAGCCA